AUGCGGCUAGGUGAUGAAAUAACUCUAGGCUGUAAUGAGGGGUGAGUUGUAGGUUGCCUUUUGUACCUACUUGGCUUUGUUUAGAACUCCUGGGAGGGGCUCGUGACAGAUACAUAUUAAUUGUUAAAAUAUUAGGCUAGAUUUUUGACAUUCUUGUUUAGUCUGUGUUAUAAUUAUAACUAUGGGUGUCCAGGGAAAGGGUGAGGUGGGGAGUAAAUACUCCAAAUAAAUUAAUAAACAACUUAGCAGCACCAGAGAACAGGUCUACCAUUUCUGGUUGGUUUAGUAACUGAGCAGUGGCAAGCUCCGGCUUCUGAGAAAUGUGUAUUCAGGUCUUUCAUUUGGUUAUUUCUCAGUGUGUAGAACUGUCUUUCAAUGCUGGCAUCUGGAUGUGUUUCCACUCACUGAUGAAAUCCCCAGUUCUUUCCCUGGCUCCUUUUACUCCUUGCAGCCCUUAAUUAAGUGCGCUGCUGCUUCAAGCAAGUCCACGGUUCUCUGUGCAUUUCUCGAAAAAUAAAAUAAAUAUGACAGAAUAAUGAUAUUAGACCACACUUGAAGGUUUUCAGAUGCCCCCCUAACUUCCCCUUCUCUCCAGCAAAAUAAACAUAAUAAUAUUUUGCAGAGUUCAUGUGUUCCAUACUUUCUCAACCACAGCUCUGUCCCCUAUGAUAUGGUGUGAUAAUCAUGGAUUUUAUCUACAAUUGCUUUGGCAAAACAAUUUUCUAAAUCAUUAUAAACUCAAGUGGGGUGUUAUGACAUUUUUAAUGAAAUAAUAUCUGUUGGGAAGAUCAUGAAUUCCUGCCUUUACUGCUCCCCUUUGUUUUUGAGGUCACACACUACUCCCCAUCAUAGCUGAAUGUCAGUCCUGGAUUAGAUACUUGAAUGGUGUUUCAAGUACUUCACCUUGAAUUGAGGAAGUCCACUACGAUGAAAUUUGAAAGCCUGGGUUGCUGCUUACAAAGGCACUAUGUCCAAGCUACUGGCGUUUUUAUGUUGGUGUGACUUUUUCUGGGCACUCUUUAACAAAGAGAUAAUUCCUGUACAGUGGUACCUUGGGUUACAAACUCUUCAGGUUACAAACUCCACUAACCCAGAAGUAGUACCUCGGGUUAUAAACUUUGCCUCAGGAUGAGAACAACAAUUGUGCGCCGGCAGCAGCGGGAGACCCCAUUAGCAAAAGUGUGCCUCAGGUUAAGAACGGUUUCAGGUUCAGAACGGACCUCCGGAAUGAAUUAAGUUUGUAACCUGAGGUACCACUGUAUCUGGAAUUAAAUUAAAUAGGUAGCUUGUCUCAACCUAGACUGACAGCACCCAGAGAAAGGGCUUUUUCAGUUGCACUGCCCCACCUAUAGAAUCCUCUCCCCAGGAAGUUUCCCCUGGUCUCAUUUUCACAUUGUUUUAGCAGCAAGUGAAGACCGCUUUACCAGGUGUCAUUCAGUGUUGUUUGAACUGGCUUUAAUCCUACUUUUAUUAUAUUCUUGCUGCUGUGUUGUUUCUAACUGCUUUUGAACUGGUGGUGGUUGGUUUUAUUUUUUUCCGUUUCUGUCAGCUAGCAGACUGGUGACUCUGUAGGAUGGGAUAUAAAUAAUCUAAAUAAACCAAGUAUACUGUAUUUAAAAAUAUGCUGUAUUCACAUACUUUUUAAUGCCCAAUUCACUAAAAUAAAAGAUUUCUCUUUCCCUUUAGGUACAGAUUGAUAGGCGAAAAGACUCUUCGAUGUGUGCUUGUAGGCGACAAAUUGGAGUGGCAUACAGGACCUCCAUUUUGCCAUCGUAAAAUGAAUUGUUAAUUUGAAUUUAAUUUAAUAUAAACUCAAUGUGCUAUUGUGUGACUCUAUUUAUUGCAGAAGUGUAAGUGUCCUCAACCAAUAUUCAGAGUUCAGGAUGCUUUCUGAUCAUGCUGAAUAUACUCAACCCCCGCCGAGCAUUCCUUGAUCUGAAGGCGGCACUGGGGCUUUGACAGCUCCCUCUGUGAAGUUUCAAGUCCAGCUUGCUUCACAGAAGAUCCAGUUUGCUUUUGAGGAGGUUGCAAUACCUUCACAGCAGUCCACUUUGGUUCAGUGUUUGGGUGACAGUUAAAAUGGAUGAUCAGGCCUUGAAUUAUCAAAAGAUUACUUCAUAAAGUGGAACAUCAUUUAAGUGAAAAUAACUUUAGUCCAAAUACAUUCCUAACAGAGAUGCUUUUGCAAUUGUAGUCCUGCUGAACUGUUAAUGUUUCUUUUGAUUCCCAGCAAUCCGAUGUUACCCCCCUGAAAACAUUCCCUUUGGCUCACACAGUGGUCGACCUUUUGAAGAGUUUCAUUAUGGCUCAUCAGUGACAUACACUUGUAGAGAAGGUUUCUCCCUUAUUGGAAGCCCGAUUAGUACAUGUUCAACUUCUGCAGAUGGUACUCGUGGAGAGUGGAGCCCUUCUCCGCCUAAAUGUAAAGGUGAUGGAGAUUAUGUUUAGUAUUUUUGAUGUACUAUGUUAAUGUAAUUUGUGUGCAAUGGCUGGUGAAUGGAAUUCUUGUUAGAAGGAGCUAACUUUGCAGUCUGCUAAGCACUGUAUUGCUGCUGUUCAACCUGUGAGAUAUUCAGUGGGACUGCAAAUUAUUCAGUGUAGGAGAUGCAAUAGUAUUGCCCCCUCAAUGAGUUGCUUGUUGUAAUCUGAGUCAGUUUGAAAGUUUAUCCAGGCACAUCCAACUCCCAAGAGACUGUGAUCUACUCCCAGUAUAAAAAAACUGGCAGUUGGAGGGAGGAGGAGGGAGGGAGGAGCGUGCAUGGGGUGGGUGGAUUGCCCAGAAUUGUUGAGCAUUUUUUAGGAGGGAAGUGCCCAGAGUUGCUGAGCUUUUUUGGGGAGGAUUGCACAUAGUUUUUUGUAGCUCCCCCCCCCCAUAACUUUUUGUACAUAAGGAUCCUGUGAUCUACCAGGAUCAGCUGGGGAUCUACUGGUUGGACAUCCCUGGCCUCUAAUCCAAUCAAAAUAACCACUAUUGUGUCUCAUUGAGAACAAAGGAAAUUAGAUUUAGUUGUGAGCAAUUUAUUUGAUUAAUUUCAUUUGGACUUGGUUUGGCUUUCUACAUGCCAAGGGCUCUCUGUGCAGUAUCUAUACUAAACAAAUCUUGCAUUCAGAUGAAGUAAUCAGUGUAUAAUGACCUAACUUUACCAAUAGUAUACUGGCAUAAUACUAUAUGUCAUAUAUCAGCCUCAUUAGGAAUAGCCUGCAUAGAUGUGGUGGUUGUUUAAGAAAAAUAUUCAGUGGGUCACGAAUACUUUAGUGAAAUAACUUCAGCAGACUGUCUGAGGGCAGAUGAUGCAGUCAUCUUUCUGUAACUAAGCAGAUCUAGGAAGGCAGGUUCUGAAUGUACUAAGUAGAUCCACACCAUUUAACAUCAAAAUCUGAGGCAUUGGGAAACCUGAUCCAAAAAUUGUAUAGGGCUUUAAUUAGUUCUUAGCAAUUUCCAGAAAGCUUCCCCUGAAGUCCGACUCAGCCUAUUUUAAUUUUAUACUUGCUGGAAUGAUGUUAUUGUUUCUAGAGGUUAGUGUUUUGUAUCUUAUCUGAUUUUAUCUCCUUGUACAUAACUUUGAUAGUUCCUAUCUCUGAAGUGGUUUACAGACUUGUAGAAUAAAUAAUUCAAUUUAAUUGAGAUUGUAUGCUUAAAUGGUUCAGUUAAUUAAUUUAAGCCAGCAGGAAUUGAAUCAGUUUUUGUGUGCCCACCUCCAAUUUCUCCUAAGCAGCUUAUUCCCCCAAACCCCCAAAACUGUGUGGUAAGAAUUUACUUCCAAACCACCUCUUAAUGGUUCAUGCCCACAUGUGGGAAUAACACCUUAAAGGAAAUGCAACCAAGAGACCUAUACAAGCACAGCAUCUGGUAGAGACCCAGUUUGUUAGAGGAGCUACUGCUGUAAGGCAGCCUCUCCAAACCAGUGGCAGCUUCUCCUAACAAACCACAAGUAAAGUUUAAAUUCUCCCACAGACAAAUAAGCAAACCUUUGCUUGUUUUUCUGAAGUUUGCUUAGUUUUCCCGCUGCUCUUCUUUCUUGCCUUUGCAACUUGGUGAGUGUCUGAGGUGGGAUAGACAAACAAGCCACAGUUAGAUAAAAAGGUGCUGGCUGCACCUCCAAUGCCAAUCUACAAUUGCAACAAACUGAAGUUUAUAUGCUAAUAACAUCAGACUGUAGUUUAUUUGCAGUAGAUAAACCAUAGUUAAGUCCUUGUGCAGAGUUUAAUCAGCCAUGGUUUAAUUAACAGGUAGAUUUCUAAAUAUUGCUCUUCUCUUUUCAGUGGUCCGUUGCCGUGAUCCUGAAAUAGAAAAUGGAAGAGUGACAACAAAGCCUCAGCCUUUUUACACAUAUGGAGAUCGUGCAGAUUUUGAAUGUAAUCCAGGAUACGCUAUGGUGGGGAGUAGCACUUGUACAUGCGGGCCUGACCAUGCAUGGAUUCCUCUUUUUCCAAAAUGCUUUAAGGGUAAGUAUCUUACUACACCUAAUUGGGUUCCUUGGAAGGAAGCAUAGGGUAUAAAUUCAAUAAAUAAAUGUCAGAGCUAUUGUGUUGCACUUUACUGCAGAACAUACUUAUUUCUUUGCCCCCUCUGUUUUCUGCCACCAAUGUUGCCACCAUCCAUCCAGAUGGAGGUCCCCAAAAAACAACUUCUAGCACAGAUGAGUUAAUAAAAAGCAGGGUGGAUUUGAUUUAAAUCACCAGUCAGUAAGACUUGAUUUAAAUCUUCUUCUUCUUUUUUUUUUACAGAAAGACUCAUUCUUGCUGGUAUAAUCUUAAUAUUUACAACCAGAUGAAGGUUUCAUUUUUGGAAUAAUAAAUUUUCAGAGUAGUUUUUACCAUUAUAUCAAAAAUUACUGAUUUGGUUAUACUAUUAGAAAUACAUAGACAGAUAAUUAUAAAAUUAUUGUGAGGUUUAAUAAGUUAGCUGUUUCUAUUUGGACAACUUUUCUGCUGUACUUCAUUGGAAGGAGAAAAAUAAAAAAUAACAUUUCCUUAAUAGCAAUUUAAACAUUUUAACUAAAACAGUAACAUUAUGGCGUAUGUACCAAUGUUUGUUAACUGAUGUGGUUAGAGACUUUAUCGUUUGGACAAUGUUAGGCGAGCCCUGGGAAGAAGGGCUGGGAACCAGUGAACUCUUUAUUAGUUGACUGGCAAGCACUUCAAGGUCUCGCCAAGGACUUACAGAUCCAGUUACUAUUUCCACCACCACCACCCCUUUGGAUUUGCUUCUACAUUCAGGUGCCUAUUCUGUACAGUUAAGUGUUAGUGCAGUUGUUGGAACCCAGUGGGAUUGAGAAGAGGUUGCCAGCCCUAAAGUGCCUUCAGCACUUGCCUGAAGUCUGAGUUGCACAGACAUGCAACUGACUUGCACAAUUAUUACAGCUCAGGACUUGUGGAGUAUUCUGCUCACAAGGUUGCACUUUCAUUUGUACUGUUUCACACUUAGCUACUUCUGCAGAUCUAUUCCAUUCCAAGCAAUGUACUCAAUGAACCUCUUGGAACUUAGCAUUUAAGAGGUAACAGGUUGAUUGCGUGUAUAUAAAUGUGCAAAAGAACAAGGUUUUUACUCAACUCUGUAUGUUCAUUUAAUAACAUUUUUCCUAUGAAGAAAAGGCAUGUUAUCUCUGCAGACACAAAUUCACACUUUUGAGAACUGCAGAAACAAGCAUCUGUGAUAAUAUAUUCUCAUUAGAAAAACUGCCCCAAAUAAUCUUACAGAAACCUCUGGAAGAGCAUGACAUUGUGAAUGGAUUAAUGGAAUUCAUUUACCAAAAAAUUUAAACAUUGCAUAUAAAGCCUCAUGCUACAUAAUUAAAAACAAAUCCUUAUUUCCUGAUGAAUAGCCUUUGGACUAUAAUGUUACUUAAAUAGAAAACUAUCUUUAGAAAGAUUUAUCCUCCAAAAUAUUUUAUUUUUAAAAUCCAAUUAAUAUUUUUUUUUUAAAAUCCAUUUUUUAAAGAAAAAUCAUUGAUUUUUAUCCACCCUGGAAAACAAAUGACUUUAAUAUCUCAAAUCGAAGUCAGGAUUAUUUUACCCCAUAUACACUAAUAGGAUAUAUAAGAUUUCAUAAUGAAACCUCUAGGUGGCAGCAUGGAUGGGGCUCUGUUGUUUUCCUGACUUCCUGGGUCACAGCCACUUACCAAGAUGGGGGAGGAGUGAGGAGAGGGGAUCACUGUGUCUGGUGGACCUCACUCCUCCUCCUCCAGUAACAACCAGUAACAACUCCUCCAGUAACAACUAUUGGUUAGUGAUUUUGCCCUUUCACCACCUGCUCCACCUGCCUGGCCAGUGACUCACUCGUUGUUCCUGCUGGGGCCGCCUGCCACCAGGGGGCAGGAAGACCAAAGGGCAGAAGGAGUUUUCUCCUUCAUCCCCACCCCUGCCAUCUUGACUCACAAAAGAAAGCCUGCAGUUUUGAAGUGCAGUCUUCCUUCUUUUGUUGGUGGCAGCAAUGUGGGCAUGGCAGUGAUUUCUUCUUUGGGCCACUUGCUGGCUUUGCUCACUCCACCAGCCUACUCAGACAUUUCUCUCUUUCAUUCUGUCCCAUCUCCUGCACCCUCCCAGCUAGUGGCGGCAGCAGUAAUGGUCAUCCUUGAAGGGAAACUCCCCAGCAAAGUAGAAAUCUUAUAUCAAAUAGAUGGAAAGCUUUUUAAUCUGAGUAGGCUGAAAGCAAAGAGUUAGGUUACCGUAACUUCCGUCAUAGGGCUUCAGCAUGCUGAUGACAACGUACUGUGUGAACACUCAGAGGAUGACCUCCAAACCAUCCUAAAUGUCUUCACAGGAGCUUAUGAAAAGCUUGGCCUGUUGCUCAACAUCCAAAAAACCAAGGUGCUGCACCAACAAGCACAAAACAACCCCUCUGCAGCACCACAAAUCCAACUCAAUGGUGUAACGUUGGAAAGUGUCAAUCACUUCUCCUGCCUGGGCAGUUAUCUUUCCACAAGGGCCAACAUUGAUGCUGAAAUCUAGCAUCGCCUGAUCUCUGCGAGUGCCGCUUUCUCCUGAUUAAAGUGCACAGUGUUUGAGGACUGGGACAUUCUGAGGGAAACCAAAAUUCUUGUUAAAAAAAUUAUUGUACUACCAACUUUACUGCAUGCUUGUGAAACAUGGACCACUUAUAAACGCCAUCUCCAAUUCCUCAAAAGAUUCCAUCCACUGUGUUUCUGGAAAAUUUUACACAUCACUUGGGAUGACAGGCAAACAAAUGUCAGUGUACUGGAAGAAGCAAAGAUCACCAGUGUCGAAGCAAUGAUUCUUCAGCAUCAACUUUGUUGGACUGGUCAUGUUGUGUGGAUGCCUGACUAUCGUCUUCCAAAGCAACUAUUCUAUUCAGAACUUAAAAAUUGAAUGCGUAAUGCCAGUGGUCAACAAACAAGGUGUAAAGACUCUCUCAAGACAAAUCUAAAAAAAUGUAGUAUAAACACUGACAACUGGGAAACACUGGCCUGCGAGCGCUGAAAUGGGAGAACAGCCUUUACCUACGGCUGUUGGAAAAGGACUUUGAAGACACUUGAACUCGGGACGAAAAAGAGAAAUGUGCUAAGAGGAAGGCACGUUUAGCAAACCUUCACCAUGAUCAACUCCAAUCCAGAAACCUAUGUCCCCACUGCGGAAAGAUGUGUGGAUCCAGAAUUGGCCUCCACAGUCACUUACAAACUCAUUGUUAAGACUGUGUUUAUGGAAGACAAUCUUACUCGGCUAUGAGUGAUCACCAAAGAAGAAGAAGGUCAUCCUUGACUAGCUAUGUGCUCUCAGUUGCCAGCCUCGUGAUGGACAAGUACAAUAUAGUAUUAAAGAAAAAUGCAGAUAAUAUCAGACACUGAAAAAGAAAGUUGGCUUAUUAAGAAAUGAAAAUAUAAGUAACAUCUGAUUUAUUUAUUUAUUUAUUUAUUUAAAAUUAUUUUAAUUUCCUAAAGCUGAUUCCAAAGAGGACCUGGUGUCCUGAGACCAUAUGGCACCCUAUAUGGGCUAAUUUUGAAAGAAGGCAUUAAUGCAGAGCAGUCAGCACUUGAAAGUUGAUAUCAGUCUCUUUAUGCCACAGCAGGAACGCCUGGAGGAGGAGGAGGAGGAGAUGACAACCCAGGCCCUGGAAAUGGUAAACAUUUGCUUUUCACUGUUAUUGGUGGAUGCAUUUUAAGAAGUGGGGGGGGGUGAGCAAGAAUUGAGUUUAUGGAUAGAACCAGAGUGGAGGAAAUGGACUCUUGUCAAUAUUUACAGAGAUAAGUCAGCAGAGAGAGGAUUAAUUUUAUUAGAAGAAUAUCAUGAGGAGACUUGGGUACAUGGUAGUGCAGUAGUUUUGAGAUACUGGAAUUACACACCAUAAGAAGAACCUGCAACAGAAUGUUGUGGUGUGUGGCCUUCCUUCUGAACUGUGCCUAUUCACAAUUUAGCAAGCUAUUUCCCCCAGUCAGUGCAUUCCAUUUCCCUUGUCCCGUCCCAUGUUCUGUUUUUCUUUUCCAGCUGUCACUCUGUUCAACCGCUGUUUGGUCUGCUCUUUCUUCAUUAGUCUAUGUUUUGAAGGGGUUGCCUCUUUAGGUUUUCUUUUCCCAAGCAUGCAAAUCUCCUCAUUGUUUCACAGUUGAUAUUCUGGCUGCAGUUCAAUAGGCACUCAACCAUCCGGGUUUGCAUUUAGGUUAAGGCAAACUAGGUGGUUAAAGUUCAAAGAUAGCAUGAUCUGCCAGCUAAUUAGUACCCAGAGAGCUGGCAGGUUGCUGGGGACCCAAAAAGCACUGGUUAACAGGCUAGAAAAUAAAUAAAUAAAUAUAAAUAAAUAAAUAAAUGCAAGCUAGCUAGCUUAAAGGAAUUACUUGACUUCGAAAGAAUACAACUGAUAAGAUAAACUCUGAACCUUCAGUUUAUACUGCCUGUAAAUCUCCAUCUUGCACAUGUUGUGUUUGCUGCGAAAACAAAACUGAAUUCUGAAUUCUGUCUGUGUGAGAAAGGAAUCGGAAUCAAAUGAAAGGAAUUGGAAGACCAUCUUUUUCUUUAUUUUUCUUCUUAGCUCGCUUCUCUAUUAUCUUUAAUUCUUGUUUUCUCUCUGCUAAGUUUAUCUAUCUAGCUAUAUGCCUUUUGAAGUUUCCUAUCUUGGAUUGAUGAAGAUACACACGGGAAGGUGAUGGAUGGAAGAUGAAGGGCCCUGCUUAAGGGGCAGAGGAGAGGAUCUCCCAGGGUGGGAGGCUGCGGGAAGAGGAAGAAAGUCCCACCCACGUGAGAGCUGGGAGGGUUCACUUCUGUGUGUGGAAUAAAGGUUAAGGUAUAAUUGUGAUAGAGGACCUGGUAUUUCUUUUCUUCUGCUACUUUUCUUUAUUAUUCAUUAUCUUCUUAUUUUGGUUAUUCUUGCUUCUCUCCUAUUUAUCUUCUUUAGAUUAGUUCAGCUUUUAUUGUAUUUUAUGUUGAAAACUCUUAAUAAAAAAGGAUAGCAGGGGAAACUGAAAUGAGAAAAUGUCAGUGGGAAAGCUAAUGUACAGAAAUUGUGAGAAAUUUUUACAUGACUUUUUUAGCCAUUUCCAUUUUAUCUGUAAGCUGCCUUUACUCCCUGUCUGGGAAAAGGCAUGAUAUAAAUAAAUAUAAAAAUAACAACCCCCUCUUUUUUUAUAGGAGCAGAUCCAGAGACAGUGCCUCCUGGAGACAAUACAGGUACAGCUGAAAAGUUGUAGUGACAGCAAAUUUAUAAGCUUUACAGUUUUCUUUGCUUUAAUUUAAAAUUUCCUAUACUACUUUUAUGAACUGGUGAGGCUUUUUAUUGUAAUUAUCCUUAUUUUUAAUAGGUCACACACACAAUAUUGGUGUUUAAUUGUUUUUACAUGAUUUUUUAAAGCUGUUUCCAUUUUAUCUGUAAGCUGUCUUGAUUCCCUGUCUGGAAAAAAGGUGGGAUAUAAAUAAAUAUAAGAAUAACAACCCCCUCUUUUGUAUAGGACCGACGCACAAUCCAGAGACGCCUCCUGGAGAUGACACAGGUAAAGCUCUAUGCUGGAGAUACGGCAAGGACAAUGCCUACUUGAAACAUAAGUUUGUACAGUGUUGUAUACGCACUAUGCUUUGGGAGGAAGUGCUGGACUGUAUAACUAUGACUAUGCAGAAAAAGCAAAAGCUUUCAGCAAAGAAUAUUCUUUUGAACUAUAUACCUAUUCUUUUGAACUAUAUACCUAUAUGGAAAUUAACAACCGGACAAUGAAAAUGGAUUCUAUUUGCCCGAAUGGUGGCCAAGAGACUGAUGAAUUGGAAGAAUAAAGAUAAGAUUCCUUUCAAUCAAUGGAUUGACAAUAUGACAGCACUCAUGACUUAUGAAUGGACUGCUUGUAGACAUAGACUUUGUUUGGAAAAAAAUGACAACAAUUGAACUGAGUUUAUACAGAAUGUAGCAUUAAUAUCCACAUAUUUAUUAGGAUUAUAACAUAUCUUAUUUAUAUAAGUAUGCAUGGGAGUACAUUACAUUGCAACUUUGUAUAUUGAUUCUUUUGACACAUAUUUAUUCUUUUUUUUUCUUAUCUCACCUUUCCUUUUUUUGUCUGUAUUACUUUAUUUCUUUAUAACUGGAAUUCCUUCAAUAAAAUAUUAAUACAUACAGCAGAGAGAGAGAGCCACAGUCUGUCAGAAUUAAAUUGCUUCAAAUUUUAGCUCACACUUUUAAUUUUCUUCUAUUCUAGAAUCUAAAAACAUCACAGCAAUUGUUAUUGGUAAGUAAUUACAGAGCAAGUUACUUCAGUGUACAGUUGCUGCUAUUGUAUUUUAAUGCCUUGUGCAUUUCACUAACUUUUUUCUCAAAUUUGUGGUUUAAAUAUUAAAGACUCCUACUUGGAGGGGAAAAAUGAUUCUUUAUCAAAUAUUCUUAGGGUACAGACAGAUAUACUUUGUCUGUUUGUUUAUUUGGUGAGGCCAGCUCUGCUUCCUCCCCUAUCUUUGCUCCUGUAAUGUACAUAGCUGUCUCUAAAUUCAGCACAGACUUCCCCCAUGCUGUGACUUUUAAUGUUCUUGCACCUGGGUGUGACUGGGGCUUUUAAAAAAAUCCUCAGGAGUAAGGGUGUCUUGAGCUCAGGCAUGCCAACUCUAGGGGGCCUAGUGUUGAGGUGGCUGUGUAUGUGAGACACAUCGCAGGGCUAAUGGCCAGCUCCUUCAGAGUGCUUGGUCUCCUCCGCUGCACAUGCAUGACAGGCGAUACGUGUGACAUCACACGCAUGUUGGGCCCCCUCAAUCUUGGGGGCAACCUGGUGACUCUGCUUCAGCUUCACACACUGCUUGGGUUGGAGAGUUGCUCUUUGAUUGUCAUUAGGGCCUCUCAGUCUGCAGAGUUGACAUCUGUUAGGGGCAGAAUGACUCGUAGCUGCAAUCAAUCUCUGAGGACAACUGCACAUCUGCCCCAAAAGGGGAUAACUUCAGAUGUACAGUGGACUCGCUGCUCAAGGUAUUUGUCUAGAGACUUUGCCCAGUAACACCUGACUGGCUUUAAUAUCCAUUGAGUAUAGCAAGGUAACAACUUGUCUUGUGACUUCUAUUGAUACUAUUGCUUUUCCUCAACAGAAAAACAACUACUUUGUCUUAUUUAUUGGUACUACGGUAUAUCUUUCUCUUUUUUCCCUUCAAGGAUGUCUCGUGGCUCUUGUAGUUGUGCUUGCUCUAGUUGCUGGACUUUGGAAAUACAGAUCUUACAAGAAAACUGAGUGAGUCAGCCCAAGAGAAGCUGUCCCUGGUUCUCUGUAGCCUUCUUGGUUGCUGAGUGAGCUUCCGUAUGCUUCUUGACUUCUACUUUGCUCACACUUUCUGCAUACGUGUGCUUAGUGUUCAGAAAGGGCUUGCACAUUUUUUGUUGAACAGUUGCACUAAUCUCCUAGCACAGAUAAAAGCUAACUAAAGCACAGUAAUUAUUCUAGAACGGCUAGUCAGUAUUUUUUCCCAUUUCCAGCAUUGUUGUUCAGAUGUGACAGAAAUGGUAUUUCUCAGUUUACAUCAGCUGUCUAUCCCAAUGCUGACUUCACAAUGACUAUUCUGGCCCUGAAAAUCUUGAAAUCUACUAUUAAAUAAAGUUAUAAAACAUUAUUCUCUCUUUUACAAAUGUGUAUCGCAGUCUGUGGUUUUUGCUUUCAGGCACAGUAAGAAAAUGGAUUUGUUGAACAGUUCUUUCUAAAGGCAGUGAUGUUUUGUUUUGUUUUCCCCCCUAGAAUAAUCUAGGCCAGUGCUGUAAUCUAAACCAACAAUUUGCAACAAUAACUUAUUCUGCACAUUUCUCUUGCAUGGCUUUUCUUUCUAUUUUUUUAUCCAGGGCUGUCCAUUUUUGUUGUAGCUUUGUAUGCAUGAUUUUACUGUUUUGGUACCAUGCAUAUAUUUUCCCAUAGUUUGUGAGCACUAAUUAAGCUGUUUCCAUGGAUUAAUUCAGUAAUUAUUUACUCAUUAUGAAUAUCCAGUGCAAUAAUUUCUGUCCCAGGUAGGUUACAUGUCUUUUAAGUCUUUUGUGGAAUUUAGAUUUGAUACCAAAGCAUGCUGAUUGUUUUGUCAAAGGCAAGAGUUUUGUUUGAUUCAGAGGCAAUAACAACCCCAGUGGAGAGAAGGGCAAGCUCUCUAAGAGGAAUCUAUUAGGAAUCACUAUUUUUUCUAUACUUAGGCUAUGUGUCUCCUACCCUUAUAUCUAUUGUGCUUAUGUAAUCCUAAUUCACUUUAUCUGCUUUACUUCUAAUAUCCUGCAGUUGCUAACAAUCUGUGCAGUACUUCUGCUUCUGCAACUUCUGAAAUUGAUUUUCCUGCCCAAGAAGCAACAGCAUGGCUACUGCUUCAGUGUGAAAGUUACUUACAUUACUUUUAAAAUUUGAAUAACAUGAAGUGGAAUGCAGAUGUAUUUGUGUGUUGCUUUUUUUCCUUCCUGACAGGAAAACAAAACAAAAUGGUGUAAUGUUUGGAACAUAGGUAUUAAUUUUAAAUAUUUUAUUUUAUUUUUCACAGAGUACCCGAAGCUCCUUCUAGUCCUGCUCAAUUUGACAAGUUGGUAACAAAAUCUGGAUUGGAAGCCAAAGGUUCUCAAUUGAACAAGGUUUCUUCAGUAAACCUGUAA